GAUGAGCACGGGACCGGAAGUUUUGAACCGGCCUAAACGCGGGAAGUUGUUCAGCUUCUUCAGCGGGACGACAGCAAAGGUCGGUGCUGGAUUGAAACAAGAUGAAGGUUGUUACUUGUGAGAUCGCCUGGCACAACAAAGAGCCGGUCUACAGUCUGGACUUCCAGCACAGCUCCGAUGGACGCUCUCAUCGUUUGGCCACGGCUGGCGUCGACACCACAGUCAGGUUAUGGAGAGUCGACAUGGGCCCAGAUGGAAAAGCGGUGGUGGAAUUUCUGUCUAAUCUAGCCAGACACACGAAGGCUGUCAAUGUGGUCCGCUUUAGCCCCAGUGGAGAGCUUCUUGCCUCAGGAGGAGAUGACGCAGCCGUUCUGUUGUGGAAGCUCAAUGACAACAAGGAGCCGGAACAGGCACCAGUGUUCCAAGAGGAAGAAGACUCGCAGUUAAACAAAGAGAGCUGGUCUGUUGUCAAGACACUGAGGGGACACAUUGAGGAUGUGUAUGACAUCUGCUGGACUCGCGACGGGAACUGCAUGGUGUCUGGGUCGGUAGACAACACGGCGAUCAUGUGGGACAUCAACAAAGGACAAAAACUGUGUAUUCUGAAUGACCAUAAGAGCUAUGUGCAGGGUGUCACUUGGGAUCCAUUGGGGCAGUAUGUUGCCACUCUCAGUUGUGACAGAGUCAUGCGUGUGUACAGCACUCACACAAAGAAGAAAGCCUUCUGUGUAAGCAAAAUGAGCUCGGCCUCACCUGCAGAUGGAGAGGCCAAGCAGCACCGUAUUUUCCACGACGACAGCAUGAGGUCUUUUUUCCGACGUCUUUGCUUCACACCAGAUGGCACCUUCUUACUCGCUCCAGCCGGAUGUGUGGAGGUCGGGGAAACCAUCACAAAUACUACCUACAUUUUUUCCAGGAAGAGCCUCAAGAGACCAGUUGCUCACUUGCCAUGUCCAACAAAAGCCACACUGGCUGUGCGCUGUUGUCCAGUCUACUUUGAGCUGAAAACCAAGAAGGCAGAAGACGGUUCAACCGAGCCCCUUCCUAAUCUGUUCAAUCUCCCUUACCGUAUGGUGUUUGCCGUGGCAUCCGAGGACUCCAUUUUUCUGUACGACACGCAACAGGCACUCCCGUUUGGCCUGGUGUCCAACAUUCAUUACCACACACUCAGUGACCUUACAUGGUCUCGAGAUGGUUCCUUCCUGGCAGUGUCUUCCACAGAUGGCUACUGCUCCUUCCUGUCCUUCUCUCCAGGGGAGUUGGGAACUCCUCUGAAGGAGCCCCCCACUCUGGAAGUUUUCACACCUACCAGUGCUGCUGAGAAAAAGAGCAAAAAGACACCAGCAGCUCGAACCUCAUCCCCCGUGUCCCAGCCGCCAAGCUCGGCUUCCACUCCCACAUCCCACGUCACCCCGGGAGGAGACGGCGGCACAACCCCAGAUGAGUCGAAGACAAAGUCCAAGCCUCGGCCUCGAAAGAUCACCCUCAAUACACUGGAGGCCUGGGGGAAGCCCUCCACUCUAAAAAACACACCUCCCUCUACUCCUCCAACGUCCGCAACCACGAGUGCACCCCCAACUCCCCAACCCCGUGUCAACACACUCACACCCAGCUCCCGGAAGGGCCCCCGCCUCACCCCGCUCGCUCCCACAGCACCCAAAGUCUUCAACAGCACCAAUUUGCCCACCACUCCCAAAGGUACCAUAGCGUCUAAAGGACCCACUCCAAGGCGAGUUUCUUUGACUCCUGUCGGGUUGCAUUCGUCCAGUUUGGUCUUCAGUUCUCCUGCGUCUACUGAGAAAGCUAAACAUGGACGCCCUUCUCCUCCCACCGAUCCCCUUUGCCAGCCUCCGGAGUCCAAGCGACCCAAGACGGACGACAUCAUCAGUGCGCCAAGCAGCGUCAUUCAGCCUUAGUGCUGCCAUGAUCUAAGCACGACUGUCUCUACCUUCAUGAUCAAAUAAUCCUCUUGUGUGUUAUACCACAGCAGCAUUGUGAUUGAGAGGGUAAUAACACCUUCAUGCAUGAUGUAUUCAAAUGUUAUCGUAAAUACUUUGCAUGAAUGACUUUAAGAAGUAUUGUAUGAUAAUUAGUUGCUUUAAAUUCUGAAUGGUGCAAGUAAAAAACUUGCAAUAAUAAAAUAGCACUUAAUUUAGUGCUGCGUUAACUUUGA